GUUAAUUCGAUCAUCAUUCAUUAUUAUAAAAUUCAUUAAUAUUCUGAAUCCAAAAGCAACCAGACGAGGACGAUUCUUCCUGCCCCAUCUUCUUGAUCGAAUAUUACCUCAGAUUCACUCACCUAUCUUUUCUUGUGAAUCACUGCUGGUUUCUUCAUCCAUGGCGUCGUUGAAUUUCACCCAAAUCAGAAACAAAAACCCAAUUUCCGACCUCACUCUGACUCGGUCUCAGACGGGUUUGGCUCGUCGGACUCGAGUUGGGUUCAAAGUGGUUGCCGCCGGUGAGUCUCCGGUGGAGCCCGAUCUCAGUGUGACUGUCAAUGGGUUGCACAUGCCCAACCCGUUCGUAAUCGGUUCCGGUCCUCCCGGAACGAACUAUACGGUUAUGAAGAGGGCAUUCGAUGAAGGGUGGGGGGCUGUGAUCGCCAAAACUGUGUCAUUAGAUGCAGCUAAGGUUAUAAAUGUUACUCCACGAUAUGCUCGGCUUCGAGCGGAUUCGAAUGGUUCGGGAAAAGGGCAGAUUAUAGGGUGGGAGAACAUUGAAUUGAUAAGUGAUAGACCUCUUGAAACUAUGUUGAAAGAGUUUAAGCAGUUGAAGGAGGAGUAUCCUGAUAGGAUUCUUAUUGCUUCAAUCAUGGAGGAGUAUAAUAAAGCUGCUUGGGAAGAACUUAUCGAUCGAGUCGAACAAACUGGAGUUGAUGCAUUUGAAAUCAAUUUCUCGUGCCCUCAUGGCAUGCCUGAACGGAGAAUGGGCGCUGCGGUCGGGCAGGAUUGCGCGCUUUUGGAAGAGGUUUGUGGAUGGAUAAAUGCUAAAGCUACAAUCCCUGUGUGGGCUAAAAUGACUCCCAAUAUCACUGACAUUGCACAGCCUGCAAGGGUGGCUCUGAAAUCAGGAUGCGAGGGAAUAGCGGCCAUCAACACGAUCAUGAGCGUAAUGGGAAUCGACCUCAAGACCUUACGUCCCGAGCCUUGUGUCGAGGGGUACUCAACUCCUGGAGGCUACUCUUCCAAGGCAGUUCAUCCUAUUGCUCUUGGUAAAGUGUUGAGCAUUGCAAAAAUGAUGAAGGCAGAGUUCAAUGAUGCAGACUACUCUCUUUCUGGCAUUGGGGGUGUUGAAACCGGUGGAGACGCUGCCGAGUUUAUUCUACUCGGAGCUAACUCUGUUCAGGUGUGUACUGGAGUGAUGAUGCAUGGGUAUGGCCUUGUAAAGAAGCUUUGUGCGGAGCUGAAGGACGUCAUGAAACUUCACAACUUCUCAUCCAUAGAAGAUUUCAGAGGGGCUUCUCUUCCGUAUUUCACGACCCACACGGAUUUGGUUCGGAGGCAGCGGGAAGCAAUCGAGCAGAGAAAAGCUGUGAAGAAAGGGCUGCAAUCUGAUAAAGAUUGGACUGGCGAUGGCUUUGUUAAAGAGACAGAGAGUAUGGUUUCCAACUGAGCAUUGCCAUUACAAAUGGUGUCUUUAUCCCUUCCUUUCUCUUAAAGGGCGACGAAUAAGUGUAUUACUACAGAACAAUUUAGCAAGUAUGGUAAACCUUUGUAGAUUCAUAAAUGAAGGAAUAAUGACAAUUUAUAAUUCUUCCU